GUUGCCAUAAUUCGUUAUAAACAAAGGGACUAUUUUAAAGAUUUAUUCUGGCCCGUAUGCAGUCACUAGUUGCAAAAAGUGCAUGUUGCAAACAAGUACAUACUAACUUAAAAUCAGUAGAAGAUUGAACUACGAAGAUGGUCACGAGUGUAGCAAAGAUUUGGAGCUAUACACUAUUGGCAAAUUGUGUGCUGUGUGCAGCAUUUGAAAACAUACGACCUAUGCGAAAGACCAUCACAGAUUACAGACCGCAUAACAAACGGGGCUCUAAUGUGGGUACCAUCAGUAACGACGAUAUGGAUCAGUCUCCACCCUUCAACAAUCGGAAUAAGGCCCAAAAUUACGACCCUUGUAAAGACGCUUUUGGUAGUGGUAGUGUAUCUGGAAAUCCCUACGCACCGGACAAUCCAAGUAGAAAUGGGAAUGUUGGUGUUCCUCCAGAAGAUUCUCAAGAUGUUUCCGAUACUCCUCAAAAUCCAAAUGUAGAUGAAGAUGCCGACUUUCCCCCACAACUUCCGAAUGUUCCUGAAAACCCAAGUAGAAACGCGAAUAAUGGCAUUCCUCCAGGAUGUAUUCAGAAAGAUACAUAUCCCGAUAUUCCUCAGAAUACCGAUGAAAAUUCGAACGGUCGCAUUCCCAAUAUUCCUGAAGAAAAUCCAAAUACUUAUAAGGACCCAAGUGGAAGUACGAACAAUGGCAAUCCAAACAAUUUCAAUGACACAAGUGGAAACGAUAACGGUCCGGGAAAACGCCCUGAAAAUAAUCCUGUAAACCCACCCGAAAUUAAGCACGGUGACAUUCCUCCGGAGUGUCUAAAAUAUAUUAACAGAGAUUCCAAUGGCCAAAAAGCACCAAAAUAUGAAGAAGAUGUCAACAACGAUUGUCCUCUUGGAUAUCACAGACCUAAUGAAUCCAUUAGGCCUGCCAUGGUUGAAGUACCAGACGGUUAUAUGGUCAUGCAACACCAUCGUCAUUCUCCUCACAGGAAUAACAAUAGACACAAAUCUUCCGAGGAAUCGCAUACCGAAUCGGUAUCUGCCCAAUCAACACCACCCCGGGGAUCAUUGGUCCAUCAACCACCUCAACGGCCAUUCACGCUACAACCUCCUUACCAACCUGUGCAAUAUCAUCAUCAGCAAACGCUCGGGCAAUCAUCGUCACCACCACAGCCCGAAAUGCAAUCUGCGGAAGUAUCUGAGGAGGAAGAAUAUUCACCACGUUUUCUUCAAAGAAUUCUGCAACAGUCCCGGAAAAGGGCGCAAUUCGUUAACAGGAGACUUAGCAACGAACACGGGCCUAAAAAACGUUCCUUCCCUUCUAACACCAAUAAUCGAAAGGUCAUCUUUCAACGUGACGAAUAUACCGAAGAAGGACGACCUCAAUCGCACAAAUGGUCAGAAAGCAUUUCAUUUGAAGAACUUCUUAUUACCAAUUAAAUUGAUUCUGGCGUAUUUAUCAAUCGAUGUAAUAUAAUGUUGUGUUAUAAUCCGAGUACUAGCAGUAACAAAUACCGUUUUAAUUGUUUUUAGUGUAACGAUUAAAAGAACGGUAAUAAUGUACAUAUUACCCAUUAAUGACUUGAAUCUUCCUCUAAGUAGUUGUCUGCUCAAAGUUUCAAGUAGAAGUAGUUUCAAGAAGUCUAAACAACAACUUCCUAUCCCGAUCUGUCAUUCUAUAUUAUUAUUAUUAUUAUUAUUACUGUUAAUUAUGAAAGGGUAAUAUCUACAAUCGUUUUCUAACAAAUUACAGUUAAAUAACGUAAACGUAUGUAAAGUAUUAGGUACUAAAUGUAUUUAAAAAACAAGAGCAA